GAAAUUCAAAAAAAUAGUGUGAUUUAUACCCACAUAUUAAAUAUUCAAACGGCAAAAAAUCCUUCACAACGACAAUCACAAUGGAAUUAUCAUUAUCAAAAUGAAAAUCUUCAAAAACCUAAAGUCUUCUUAUCUCUUUAAACGUAACGGUCCAAUGAAUAUGAUACCCCCCCAUCACCAAAAAAAAGUAGCAACAACCAGCCAGUAAUACAAACACAAAUCAUCGAAAAAAGAAUGGUUCAAUGAUGAUGACCUUGGUGAAUGUGGCGAAAACCUGUCAUCAUCAUUUUAGAAGAUCAAGAAGACGAAAAACCCGGAAGUUAAAUUUAUCUAUUAUCACACACACACACACACACACAAACUCUUCAAAACAUUCAAAAUUGGAUUCAUUACAUUAUUAUGAUAAUUUUCUUGACUAUAUAUAAAACUUUAAGUUGUUCAAAUCAAACUAAAGCAAACAAACAAACAAAAAAAGAAAUCCCGAAAAAUUGUCAAGAUUCAAUCGUGUGUGUGUGUGUGUGUGUCAUUUGUGAUUUUCAUCGCCAUAUCGAAUGAACAUCAUCAUCAUCACUAGCAUCGUCGUAAUCAUUGAAUGUGACAAUGGGUAAACUUGGUUUUGCCAAUCUAACAAGUUUAUUAUUUAGUUUUCUAACCAUAUCGAAUAUAAUCUAUAAUAAACAAAGUUUCUAUGAUCAAUUAACCGUGCGUAAUAAUUGGAAUGCAUAUUAUGAUUUUAUCAUUGUUGGUGGUGGUACAGCUGGCAUUGUGUUAGCCACUCGUCUUAGUGAAGAUCGUGAUAUAACAGUAUUGUUGAUUGAAGCUGGUGGAUCUGAAACGGUUACAUCGAAUACACCGGGUCUUAGUGAGACAUUAAUCGGUACAGUUAUGGAUUGGAAAUUAUUGACCACAAUACAGAAUUAUUCCUGUAUGGCAAUGAAUUCGAAUCAAUGUCAUCUGGCUAGUGGUCGUGUAUUGGGUGGUACAUCUUCUAUUAAUCGUAUGUAUUAUCUUCGUGGUAAUCCUAUCGAUUAUGAUCUUUGGGAAUCGAAAUUUGGUCUAAAAUCAUGGACAUGGAAAGAUGUAUUUCCAUAUAUGAUACGUAAUGAAAAUCAACAGGAUCCAAAUCGGUCGAAAAUCGGUCAUUAUGGUCAAAAUGGUCCUGUUUAUCUGCAACCAUUACGUAAAUCAUCAUUGAAAUUCACACCAACAUCUAGUGAUUCAUCAGCUGAUUCAUCAUCGGUAGAUAAAAUUCUUCAAACAUUUCUUUUGGCUUCACGACAAUCUGGUUAUCGAAUCAUUGAUCUUAAUACAGGUGUUUCAAAUGGAUCAGCUCUAUUACAAUCGACAAUACAUCAAGGUCGUAGACAAUCAAUGUCAACAGCAUUUUUGGAACCAAAUCUAAAAAAUCGACCAAAUCUACAUGUUUUAGCCAAUUCAAUUGUAACAAAAAUUCUAUUUGAAAACGAUCGUGCUAUCGGAGUACGUUUUCAACGUGAUUGGCAACAAUACAGUGUAUUCGCAAGACAAGAAGUGAUUAUCAGUGCUGGUGCAUUACAUUCACCACAAUUACUUAUGUUGUCCGGUAUUGGACCACGUAAUGAAUUGAAUCGUCACCAGAUUCCAGUGAAAAUGGAUCUACCUGGUGUUGGUGAAAAUCUUCAUGAUCAUGUUGGAUCAUUAGGUCUUUAUUUUAUUGUCGAUGGUUUACCCGAACCGGGUGUAACUAAACAACAUUUGAAACAAUAUUUUUAUUAUGGUAAGGGUCCAUUAGCUGAAUCGCCGUAUGCAGCAACAAUAUUUCGUGACCAUUCCAAAUUCAAUGAUAACCAUCAACGUUCAUCACCAGAUUCAAUGUUAUUGGCCUAUGUAAAUGGACUGACAAAUCGUGAAAUAUCACCCGAAUUAAGUGAACAACAGAUAAAUCUAAAACGUUCGGCUUGGAAUCAAUAUUACGGUGAAAAAUUAAAAUCAACAGCUGGUAAAUUACAAUUCACAAUAUUACCGAUUGUAUUGAAACCAAAAAGUCGUGGUACAAUUCGUCUGAAAUCGGCCAAUGCAUUUGAUCCACCAUUGAUUGAUCCAAGAUAUUUGGAACAUCCGGAUGAUCUACGUCAGAUAAUCAAUGCAAUGCGUGAAGCAUUACGUUUAAUACGUACAAAAUCUUUCCGUCAUAUCGGUACAAAAUGGUAUCAAUCGGUUGUACCUGGUUGUGAAUUUGAAUUUCAAAAAUUUCAAUCCGAAUUAUCGGAAACAAUGAUGAUUUUUGGUGAUGAAAAUAUCAAUCAAAUAUCUGAUGAUUCGGAAUCGGAUAAUUCUGUAGUAGAAGAAUUAGAUGUGGAACAACAAUUUUUCACUACACAGCCGACGACCACUUAUUCCUAUCAUCAUCAUCAUCAUCAUCAUCAGCAACAACAAAAACCUGAAUCGACAACGGCCAAAAUCUCAGUUGUAAACAAUGGCAAUAGUAGUGGUGGACAGAAUUUACCAUUCUAUUUUGUAUCAUCAUUUAUGAGUAAAUUAUUUCGAAAAUCAUCACCAACAUUAUUAUUAAGAAAACAAUUGAAAAAUUAUCGAUCAUCAUCAUCAUCGAAUAGUCGUCGUCGGAUAUGGCGACGUUCAAUAUCGAAUUCAUCAGUUUCAUCAUACUAUUUUGACCAAUAUUGGUUAUUAGAACCGGAACGAUUAAAAAAUCAUCCAUUGAUGAACAAAACAUUGUAUGGUGGUGUUGUUAGCAGUAGUAAUCUUAUCGAUGGCUUUUCCUCUUCAUCCUCUGGAUCAAAUCAUAAUACAGAUAAUACGAUCGGAAUAACAGUAUGGAAUAGUCAUAGUAAUCGUGGACAACAAUCGAGACCUAAACCACCAUCACAACAACAACCAAACAAAUUUGAAUCAACGACUACGACAAAAACAUUGAUAUCGCCACAAUUACCGAUCGAUGUUGAACCAAUCGUAUUGACCGGAUAUUUUGAUUCGCCACCUAGAAUUUCCACCGAAUCACCAUCGUCGAAGCCACCACCACCACCAGCCCAACCUACAAUUCGAAGACAGUCAUAUCAUACACCUGUCACAACAAAAUCACCACCACAAUCACAAUCAUUACCGAAUCGUCGAAUACCAUCAGCAUCGAAUAACAAUAAUCAACAGCAAACAAUUUCGAAUAAACCGAAUGCAUUGGAUCAAUAUCUACGUUGUAUGGCACGAAUGAUGACCAUGCCAAUCGGUGAUUAUGUUGGUACUUGUCGUAUGGGUACGAAAAAUGAUCAUCAUCAUGGUGGAGCUGUUGUUGAUGAACGUUUUCGUGUCAUUGGUAUACGUUCAUUACGUGUUAUUGAUAAUUCUGUAAUACCGGAAAUUACAACCGGUAGUAUGGCAUCAGUAGCUAUUAUGCUUGGAGAACGUGGAGCCGAAUUCAUACGAGAAGAUCGAAAAUUGAAAAAGAAUUAAGAGAGAUAGUAAGAUUUUCAUCAAACCAACAAAUUGACAAACAAACAAACAUAA